AUGGCUCGCUUGGUUGAGGAAGAGGUCGAAUACGCUACAUCGCGAAUCAUUAACGCGAAUGAGCUCCAUAGAGCCUGGGGCCCUUAUCUCGAGACUCAAGAUAUCUUCCUCGACCCAAUCGAGCUGCCUCUUGACUUGGUAGUUCCAGCUAUCAUGAGGCUACCCAAUCUCGAUUCCGUGUGCUUGACUUGGACGCAGUGUCCAUGGAAAGACUACAGGGCCAUUGACGAUGUCUUCAGCUCGGAGGAAUCUAUGGACUUGGCUGGUGACGAGAUCCUUGAGUCACAGCAAGCUAUCCUGGAUGCUCUACUCAGACGCAAUGUACCACUCAAGAGCCUCACAAUCGAGCCGAUAAUGCAUCCGUACCUGAAAUUGCCAUCCACACUGGACCCGAGAGUAUCAACAGUCUUUGGGUCGGUGACUCAGCUACACUUGCACCUGAAAUACGACGUCAUCUCCUUCAAGCCAGACCGCCUCGAUUACUUCAUCUCUCUGAUGCCCAACAUCCGAGACCUAAAAGUCCACAGCACUCCUGUCGAGUUUGAAGCCGGCGAUGUUGACUUGUACAUUAAGAAGAGGCUUCCUCACCUUGAGAAGAUCGACCUAAGCUGUUUACACAUCAACUUUGUGCACUUUGUCCGUCUGAUUAUCGAACACCGCUCAACACUCAAGGAAGUUAACCUGCAGAGUAUAUAUGGAUGGUGUGAUCCUUUCAGUUCAACUGACAUCGACUGGGAUUUCAUCUUUAAGCUUAUGAGGGAGAAACUCGAGGUGUUGGAGACGGUUCGAAUCAAUGGCCGGUUUAGUGACAAUGUGGGCUGGUAUCAGAUCUUCUUUCGUAAUGAUGUGCCUGCUGUGGACACAAUUGUUAGGAUCAUGGGAGAGAAGAGUGAGAGGCUUGAGAAUUAUAUACUGGAAGGAGGGGAGUAUCCUCAGCCUUUGUGGAGGAUAUAA